CACACUCAAUAUACAGACCGCGCCAUGUUGGUCUGAGCUGCAGAUGUACAAAUCUGUGUGUGUGUGUGUGCAUGUGUCUGGUCGUUUCACUCGCCCUUCUCAGCUCUGGCACACAUUCACCGGGGCUCUAUGAAAAUAACCGAACAAGGUGUUGGAAGGGGGGCUGCCGCAGCGACAUAAUACCCGAAGAUAAAAACAGUAUACAAAUCUCAGACAGACCGUUCUUUUUCAGCAUGUCCACUGAGGACGGAGUGCUCUCUACCACUGAACGGAUGAUAAAUUCUGUGCCAUUUCCUCCAACACACCGCCUGGCAUCUGCUGAAGUGUUUGAUGCUGAUGGCAAACCCAGGGUGGACAUUUUAAAAAAUCACUUAAUUAAAGAAGGACGGGUAGAUGAAGAAAUUGCACUUCGAAUUAUUAACGAAGGCGCUGAGAUCCUGCAGAGGGAGAAAACUAUGAUAGAAGUAGAAGCACCGAUCACAGUGUGUGGUGAUAUUCACGGUCAGUUCUUUGACUUGAUGAAACUGUUUGAAGUGGGAGGAUCUCCGGCCACCACCAGAUAUCUCUUCCUUGGUGACUACGUAGACCGAGGCUACUUCAGUAUAGAGUGUGUGUUGUAUUUGUGGGUGCUGAAGAUCCUAUAUCCUACCACGCUGUUCCUGUUAAGAGGCAAUCAUGAGUGCAGACACCUCACAGAGUAUUUUACAUUUAAACAAGAGUGCAAAAUCAAGUAUUCUGAAAGGCUCUAUGAUGCAUGCAUGGAUGCCUUUGACUGCCUUCCUCUUGCUGCGCUGUUGAAUCGUCAGUUUCUCUGUGUUCAUGGUGGCCUGUCACCAGAAAUUCAAACUUUAGAUGACAUUAGAAGAUUAGAUAGGUUCAAGGAACCUCCUGCAUUUGGGCCGAUGUGUGAUCUGUUGUGGUCAGAUCCCUGUGAAGACUUUGGAAAUGAAAAGUCACCUGAACACUUCAGCCACAAUACUGUGCGUGGAUGUUCUUAUUGCUAUAGCUAUCCUGCAGUUUGUGAUUUUUUGCAAACCAAUAAUUUGUUAUCGAUUAUUAGAGCACACGAAGCUCAAGAUGCAGGCUACAGAAUGUACAGAAAGAGUCAAACUACAGGUUUCCCAUCACUGAUUACAAUUUUCUCAGCACCCAACUAUUUAGACGUGUACAAUAACAAAGCUGCUGUGUUGAAAUAUGAAAAAAACGUGAUGAACAUUCGUCAGUUCAACUGUUGUCCACAUCCAUACUGGCUGCCUAAUUUUAUGGAUGUAUUUACGUGGUCGCUUCCAUUUGUUGGAGAAAAGGUUACAGAGAUGCUGGUGAAUGUGCUAAGCAUCUGUUCAGACGAUGAAUUAACGACAGAGGGAGAGGAUCAAUUAGAAGAAGAGCGACUCAUUUAUGGCAAUAGAAAAGUAGGUAAAGCCGCAGCCAGAAAAGAAAUCAUCAGAAAUAAGAUCCGAGCGAUCGGCAAGAUGGCCCGAGCCUUCUCUGUUCUCAGAGAGGAGAGCGAGAGCGUGCUGACUCUGAAAGGGUUAACUCCGACGGGGAUGUUGCCGAGCGGAGUGCUGGCGGGAGGACGGCAGACCCUGCAGAGUGCCACAGUUGAGGCAGUAGAGGCUGAAGCAAUCCAAGGAUUCUCACCACAGCAUAAAAUCUGCAGUUUUGAAGAGGCAAAAGGCUUAGACAGGAUCAACGAGAGAAUGCCCCCGCGGAGAGGUGCUCUGCAGCAAGAUGGUGUUAAUUUGGUACACACCCAAAUGCCAAUGACAUCGGGACAGGCAACAACCAUGCUCAGUGAUUUACCACCAGUCCCCUAGCCCCCACCCCUCUUGCCUGAGAUUUUCUUAGAUUACUGCUUCUCAAGGGGCUUUAGGAAUCUAAUACUAUCGACUGUAAAGCGUGGUUUGGAGAACUACAGCAAUGCAAGCCAUCAUGCUGUUGUACCAGCAGCCACACUGGAAGUGAUGAUGUAAAUUUGUGAGCAUGGACUGUGGACUUUUUUGGGAGGGGGAGGGGGGAGGGGGUUGGUUGUGGUCUCACUUAAUCAGGUAGCAUCCCAUGCUCACUAAUGUGGGCAUAACGUUUACAAGCGGUGUCUAGUACACUAGUUUAAAGUGUAUUUUUUAAUACAUUUUCAAAACAUAACCCUGUUUGCUAUAAACAUGAAUUUAAUUAUUAUUGGAUUUUGUUUUUGCUUUAUGAAAUGUCUUUAAAGGUAAAAAAAAAAAGUUUCUAAAUGCAUUUAUUAGAAUGGUCUUAACUAUAUAAAAGGCUGCAAAGAUGUAUUUUAAAUAUAUAAAAUGCCAAAAAAAAAAAAAAAAAAACUAACAAAAAAAAACCUCAGCUGUUAGUUUGCAACAUGCUGACCUCAGAUGUAUUCCCUCUAAUUGCUAAUUGUGUAUUCUACUUUUGAGGCUUAAUGAGAUAUUUUAUAUGGGAAUGUUAAUUACUUGAACCUGAAUUGAAGGCUUUGCAAUGGUUCAAAAAGUCACCAAGACAACCAUGGUUUUUCAUCUAAUCUGUACAUUGUGCUCAAACUUACCUGCAUGCAGUCAUUCAAGAGUUUCCAAACGUAUGCUCAGCAAUCUGCCAACACCCUUUGUGUGGAGUUGUAUCACUAUGGAGAUGCAAUUUCAGUGUAGGGCUAAAGCAUAGCAGAUUCUGGAAAACCAUGUUCCAUAGUUCAUUUUCUGACAUCUGUCACAGAAAAAACCCCUUAACCUACAGCUAACUCCAUUGCAUUGCUUUGCUGAGUUCUGCGGGACAUGGUCCAGGGAAACUACUGUUUUGUAACGCUCAAACUCACACUCAGGCUGGGGGUUGUGAAGAUUGAAGACGGAACCCAAAUUUUUGCCAUAAGUAUUUUCAUCUAUGCAAUGGUUAUUUACCAAUAUUCCCUUAAUUUCAACCAAGACAGGCUAAGUUAAAUCUAGCUGUUAUAAUGUGGCACAUCUGUACAGCUUUCUCUUUUCAAGAACAUCAUUGCAUUUACUUUUAUGUCUUGGUGUGCUUUUUUGAAUCAGAUUGUGUAUGUCUUGUUCUGCUGUCCCCUGCGUCCCUCUCAAUGGCAAUAUGGAAAGUUUUAAAUAAAUGACACAUCAAUCUUAAAAUAAUAUAAUUUUAAUUAAAAAGGGUACUAUUUAAAUUUACAGGAGCUGUGUGUAUGCAUGUGUUCAUAUAUUUGAUAUAUAUAUUUAAGCCUAUGGGACGUUCUGAUGGCCUACAAAAAAACGUGUUGACACUAUUGUUACUUUAUCAAUAUUAAAGCUGCUUGAAUUACUAAUGUUCUGGGCUAAAAGUCUUUUAGACUUUGUCUUAUUGAGUCAAGAAGAAAGUAAAAAAUGUAAAACACAAGUCUGCAUGUUAAAAGUCAUAGAAACAAAACUGCUUGGGUAAAUGGAAAUCAUGUUAAAUGUGUACUGUUUCAUCACUUCAUUGUAUUACCAUUUUAAACAUUUUACUACCCAAUUGAUUUUCUCAUGCUCUGGUACACAACUUGAACCAGUUUUACACAUCACUAAAAUUCAUCUCUCUUGUAUUUGCCAUAAAAGCACAACAUGUACAUAUUGUCUAAAUCCAGCAUUUUAUGCAUGUUCUGAACUACAAGUGUUUUAUGAAAACAGUAGCACACAAUAAAUGUUGUGCAUGAGCUGCGGCUUCAGAUUGUCUGGAUUUUUAUUCUUAGUUUGAGUAAUUAUAAUCAAUUUAUGCUUUUCCCGUUGGUGGGUUUAUCGGUUGCAUGCAAUAAUAAAUCGGAUUUAAUCACAAAUCUUUGUACAUUAUACAUGAAAUUAUUGCUAGAAAAUGGAUAUUACCUCUAUUUCAGUCAAUGCUAUGGCAUUUGUCUUACCACAUAGGAGUUAGGGAAGCUUUGGAACAAAUUUGUUAACAAAUUUUAAGAAUCCCCUUGGAGAUUGCAACUAACAAAAUAAUUCCUAUUGUGUACUUUAGUUAUAUAGGUUUUUCAAUGUAAUUUUGAAAGAAACACAGGUUAUAGUAAACAGAUAUUUAUUUUAAAACUUCAUACAUCAUACUACUUUUGGUUAGAGAAAUAUCGGUGUUUGUAAGCCGUUAUUUCAAAUAGUGUUGCACUUGCUUGUUUAUUUUACCUGGAAGGUAAAACUGUUCCUACCCCAUUCAACUGCCUCUUUCCUGUCAUUAACCAACCAUCUGCUUUCAACCAGUAACAUGCUUUGACUCAGAAGACACUGCUGAAGUGAAGUGACACUGGAAGUAUUACAGAUUUCCUGAGAAUAAGGCAUACUAACAAAACUAACUCACUGUACAGAUAUCAUGCUUUAAAAUUAAAAUGCAGAUUCUCUAGAAGAAUAUUUUAGAAUCUAUGAUUGUGUCCUAAGUAGCCAAUGGAAGUGGAAACACGGUUUUCAAUGUUUUGGAUUCCAGAUGAUGAAAUACCACACCUUCGGUACUGAGCUGUAUUCUUUCAUUCGCCAAGUCUAGUUCGAUUAUGGGUAUCAUACAAGGAAAGUGCACUCUCAUAGCCUUGUAUCUCAGAGAGAUUUAAGUUACAGUUUGUGCGAGUUAAAGCAAGCACAGCACUAUAAAAAAAACUUUGAACCAGUGUAUACUUUGCACACACUUGUUCUUUACUUCCUGUUGAGAUGCCUUUUGGUUUGCAUGCAUGUGCGGUUCAAAUGGAAUUUAACAUGCUGUUUAUAAGAGUUCGUUGUUAAUAACUGGUUGAGAAGAAUAUACAGGUGAAAUUGGAUUGACCAAGUAAAAUACAUGUACGGUAGUGGUAGCUGGGCUCAGCUAGAAUGUUUUUUGAUUUAACACUGUGUGGACCAAUUUGUAUAUCUAAAAUUGGUUACUCAUUUCUAGUCAAUACACUAAGGACUAGUAAUUGCUUCACGUGUGUUAUCCAGUGUAUUUAGAAGUGGCACCUACAACAGACUUUACAUCAGCACCUGAUACUGGUAUUUUACAAUUUGUUAAGCGAACAACUGUACCCAUCCACCUCCAGUUCUGAAAAACCUUCCAUGCAUUGGACCCAACCAAAAAACUAAAAGAAAAUGAGGUUUAAGUGUUCAACUUAUUUGCAGGGAUGAGCACCUUGUUUUGAAAUACAGAAAUAGGUUUUAUAUACAAGUAAAUAAAACAUGCAAAAGCAUACUAUUCAAAUGAAACAUGCAGGUUAACUACAAUCCCACUGUGUAUACAUUUCUAACCAUGUUUACAAAUGCAUCUGGCCCUUCAUUACCCUAGUUACGUCUGCUAGUUUUGUUUAAAUAAACAUUUACAAUGUAUUUAGCACAAUCACUUUAAUGCAUUGUAAUUAAAUUUGUAUACAGGCACAUAUAACUUGGUUUAUAUCUUGCUAAGGCAAUAUCAAUGUAAAGUAUGUAACAUCACAUUCAUAUACAUUUUUAGACUGCAUAGAGUACAGUAAUUGUCACUAUCAACUGUGGCACAUACUUUGAUUGUUACAAGCAAAUAUAAAUGUGGGCUAAAUCAUUAACCAAGAACACAUACUACCUGCUUCUCGGGCUCUAAUACAAAA